CGCCGGAUUGACAGUUCCCCAUCAGCUGUACAAAACGAAAGGUUCAAAACAAAUGCGGCGAUAAGCUAUCAGUGCUGAUUUAUGAUUUUCACUGUCCCAGUACCUGCCCGAUAGUGUUAGUAUAACCAGUUUGGUGUGGCCCGAAAAUGUUCCGAAGAUCGCUGACCGUUUCCUACUCGCCGUUCCGGAACAAUUAUGUCACGCUACCGGACAGCUACUAUCGGAUGCUUUCCAGCUACAAAAACGGGUGUCUCUGCUUGACGCAUCACAUCGACACGUUCUACGUGUCGUGGGCACCGUACGGGGGUGGCGGUUUGCAGGAGAACCACAUCGGCAUAAACGCGCAAGUAGCCAAAUCGAUGGGACUCAAGGAGGGCGACGCCGUGAUGGUGGCGAUGAUCAUAGACGUUCGAUCGUUAAAGCGGGUGGAAGUGAGCGCCGUGAGUGAGAAGGAUUGGGAAAUGUUGCAAAUCAGUAGCAGCCGCAUCCAAUCAAUGCUGCUCGACCAAACGAGGAUCGUUACGAAGGGACAGAACCUGAUCGUGUGGAUAAAUGAUUCCAUCAGCAUUAAAAUCAAAAUAAAAUUCACCAUCCCUGCACUGCCGUUCGGUAGGUUGGAAAAUGAUACCGAGCUGGUGGUGGAACCGUUCAAAAAGCUUCCCGGGCUUAAAAAUACCCAGCCGGAAAUUCCAAAACUAACACGCAGUAACACCAAUCUAAACAUCGCCGAACUCGUACGACAGCGCAACAUGGAGCGCAAAAAGUCUAGCGAAUAUAUAAGCGCCCUAGAAAAUGGGUUGUCUGCGUGCACUAUUGCAAGCACACCACCUGCGGACUUGGAGACAAGAAUAGUUCCGUCCGCUGAAAGCUUAAAAAGGCGACCCAUUUCGUGGCAGAGAGCAUCCGAGGCCAACAAGGAAAAUGGUGUGAUGUCGGCGGGAAACACACCAAAGAACACCCUGCAACGAUCUUCAACAAGCGGCAGCAAUUCAUCGUCUGGGUCGGUGGCGGCAAUGAAUGCCCAAACGGCAGUAAGGAAUUCUUCCUUCGAAAAGGAUCUCGAACGUCAUCUGAACCGGCUGCAGACGAGCAAAUCGAUGGCAAACUUUAUGGCGUACGAUUCAACUACUUCACCCAAGACGGAAAGUCCCAUCAUGAGUCCGAAGCGGGAACCGAGCAAAACGGUCCACCUGGAUGGACUGAUCGAAACGCUCGGACAGAAUGUAGCAAAGGUGUACGAAUUCCGAGUGAUCCGAGGCGUGUGGAACUGUCGACGUAAUACGACACAGAUUUGUGACAUCCACACGACGAAGGAAAAUGUCCCUAGCACGAUGGACAUCAACAAACCGUGCCUGCUGACGACGAACGAUAAUCGUGAGUACUACGUGAAUGUGCGACUCGCCACGGACACUGAACGAUUCCCGCAGAAUGCUUACCCCACGGUGGAGAUAAACGAUCGGCUGAUGGAACAGUUGGAAAUCAAUCACGGUGAGAAAAUCACGCUCAAACCCAUACACAACGCACUGAACAUUGUGGAUCGGAUUGAGCUGCUUCCGGCAACGAAGGUAGCACCGCUGAUUGAAGAAGAUAUUGCCGAAAAGUUCAAGCAGUUCGUUCUGCACAACUCCAAGAUACAUGCGCUGUUGCUAAACCAGGAUCAACUUUUUAAACUGCCCGAGUACUACGUGACGAUCAAGUUGCAGCCACAGUCGUUGAAGUACUGCUUGAUUAACAGUACAAUACUGCGACACAGCAAAAUAAGCUGCACCGGUGAGGUAAAACCGGUGGCCGGAUACUCGGAUGGAGAUGGCAGCAAAAAGAAAGCUCCGGCCAUUAAGGAACCGGAACCGGCCGAACAGUGUAAGCUGGUGAAGAUAGAGAAAAUCGAACGGAUUAUUGAGGAGUGUACCGAUCGGUUAAAGUAUGCACUGUGUCUGGAUGCACGCAGUAAGGUGGCGCAGCAGUGUAAUAUGUUUAUUGCAGGUUCCUCGCAGAGUGGAAGGAAAACGGUGUGCGAGGAUAUACUCAAGCGGCUAGCUGAAUCACCGUUCUACUGCUUCUCAACCACCUUCGACUGUGCCAAACACAAGGGACGCAAGCCAGACUCGAUUCAGAAAGAUUUGCGUCAUGCACUCUACCUCUGCAUGUUUCACAGUCCGGCGGUGCUGUUCAUGGACGGAUUGGACGUGUUGACGCAUCAGCCAGGCGAUCAGAACACACCCGAUGCUGAAUAUCACAAUAAAGUAUCGGACGUGAUUCGUAAGCAAAUAGAAGAGUUCACGAGCAAUAAUCCGAUCGCUGUGAUCGCUUCCAUCAGCAGCUCGUCCAACCUCAACCGUCGGCUUCAUUCUUCCCGUGGGUAUCAUCUGUUUCAGCAGCUCGUCAAGAUACCGAACCUCGACAAGACUGACCGGGAGGGUGCGUUGAAAAGCUUGUUCGUACAUCGACAGUGUAAGCUUGAUCGGCGUAUCGAUUGGAAGCGGUUGGCGAAUCAGACGGAAGGGUACGCCAUCGGUAGCCUUGUGCAGCUGGUGGAUCGUGCCGUGUUCUACGCGUACAAGCAGAACAGUAAGUUCCCGUUCGUGACGGAGGAAAUGGUUGCCAAUGCGCUGGAUGUAACGAAUCGGUACUGUUUGGUGGGGAUCGAAAAUCACAAACAGUCCAACCAGAUGGACGAGCAAGAUGAGGAUGAUGAUAUCGCGGGCGAUAAAAUACCGGGCCUGGAGGGUGCGAUCGAAGUGUUUCAGGAGGUGCUUAUGUGGCCGACAAGGUUUCCGAAAAUCUUUGAAGCAUCACCGCUUCGCAAUCAGGCCGGCAUACUGCUGUUUGGGCCGCCGGGAACUGGCAAAACGUACCUUGUAUCAAAAUUGGCCAAAACUUGGAAUCUACGAAUGAUCUCCGUAAAGGGCCCGGAACUGCUGGCGAAGUACAUUGGCCAGAGCGAGGAAAACGUGCGCAAUUUGUUCGACCGGGCAAGAAGCGCAAAGCCUUGUGUGCUGUUUUUCGAUGAGUUUGACAGCUUAGCACCGCGCCGAGGACACGAUUCGACCGGCGUUACGGAUCGUGUCGUUAAUCAACUGCUUACCGAGCUGGACGGUGUGGAAGGAUUGCAGGGUGUGACUGUGAUAGGAGCCACAUCCCGCCCCGAACUGCUCGAUCCAGCGCUGCUACGUUCCGGGCGUAUCGAUCGGCUGGUUGAGUGUGCUCUUCCGGGUGUGACUGCUCGUUUGGAGAUAUUCACCAACCAUAGCAAAUCGCUCACCCUCGAUAAGGACGUCGAUCUGCGGGAGUUUGCCGUGAAAUCGGAGUACUACACGGGAGCGGAUAUCAGAAGCAUUUUAACGACUGCAAAUAUGCUAGCCGUGCAGGAAUGUCUUAGCAUAGAUCCCGAGAAAGUCCCUGAGCAGAUAACGGUUAGCCAGCGGCAUCUAGUGGAAGCGUUUAGCAGCACCAGACCAUCGCUGACGGCACGGGAUGUAGCCAAGUACAGGGAAACCUACGCACGGUUCACUAACAAAGAACCUCCUUCGCGGGACUUUGUUGCCAAACGUGCUACAUUAGCAUAAAAGCAUUCGGGGUUUUGUUUUUGUUUUACUUUACCAAAAAGUACCGCACUUGGAAUGGGGGAGGGCGAUUCUAUUUUAGGAGGGAGUUGUGCUUUAUUUUACGUUGACAUUUGAACAAGUGUAGCAUUUUUCGAUUUUUUUUCGUUUGAUUGGUUGGUUUGAAUGGGAUUUUUCCGUUUUAUAUGCAAGUAAUAAACCUGUUGGCAUUUUGUUAUAAAAAAA